GAGAAGAUGAUGAAGCACAUCAAGAGAAAGAAAUCACUGCAGGCUUCUGCUCCUGCCAACAUCCUGAGUCAGCUCGAAACAUCUUUCAUUAACGAACAGAGAGAACCGUAUUCAGGAAGCAACUUCCUGUGCAGUGAGAGCAGCAGCGAUGAUGAAGAGCCCUUAUUCCACCUGUCCAAGGUAGAGCUGUGUGCCAAAAUAAAGAGCCUCAAGAGGAGGCUGGCAGACACCAUGAGAGAAAACUGCCGCCUGAGGCAGUCGCUGGUGAUGCUUCAAG